GGGCGAUAGCGUUGAAAUCUGUCGCUUCAUUUUCUUUUUUGGUGUUUUGUACUUCAACACAACACAACAGGCAACACAGCUCUCUUCAAUGGCUUCUAGCCGCUGGAUCAGGCCCGAGGUUUAUCCACUGUUUGCGGCCAUGGGCGUAGCUGUCGGAAUCUGUGGAUUUCAGUUGAUCCGGAAUAUCACCACCAAUCCUGAAGUCAGGGUUAACAAGGAGGGAAGAGCUGCGGGAGUGUUGGAGAACUAUGAGGAGGGGAAGAAGUAUGCUGAGCACUCUCUUAGAAAGUUUGUCCGCAACAAGAGCCCAGAAAUAAUGCCAUCCCUCAACCGUUUCUUCAGUGACCCUCAGCGCAAUUAAUUGCCUGGAACUGUAAGCAUGACUCCCAAGUUAUGGGAUUUGAACUCCUGUCAUUUAUGCUGGGAUAAUAAUUGUGUUUGUGUUAUAAACAUUUGUGUUUGAAUGGUUGCCCCCAAGAACAGGGUGCAUCAAGGUAAUGUACUAAGAACUUAUCUUCAUCUACUGAAUUUGGGUUCUGUAAAACAUGAAAAACGUGGAUGUUGUACCCCCACUUAGAGUAAUGUGAUAUUUACAGUAUUCUCUUGUUUUUCUA